AGAUAGAAAUUUGGUUCAGGAUCAAUAGUUAUUUUGCACACCCCUAAACAUAUCACUCCCAUGAAUGAAAGCAUUUCAAUUUCAUUAACCUAUAAUAAACGGAUCUGAACUAACCUUCACCCGCUCAUAAAACAUUUCAACCACUAUGACAGAAUCAUCACCUCCCAAACGAAACUCCACCAUAGAUCCAUACAGAUUUCUCAAAAUCAAACUUAACCCCGACGGUUCCCUAACAAGAAACCCCAUCGUCCCCACCGUACCACCAUCCUCCGAUCCCACCAACUCGCCUCCACAACCAUCUCUCUCUAAAGACAUCACCUUAAACGUCGCCGCAAAAACCUCCAUCCGUCUCUUCAUCCCACACCCUCCGCCACCUGCAAAACUCCCUCUCAUUCUCUACUUCCACGGCGGCGGUUUCAUCCUCUACCACUCUUCCUCAUUGAUCUUCCACCACUCAUGUUCCGAACUCGCCGCUCAAAUACCCGCGGCUGUCGCCUCCAUCGAUUACCGUCUCUCGCCGGAGCAUCGUCUUCCCGCCGCCUACGACGACGCCGUCGAUUCCCUUCUUUGGCUCAAAUCCCAAGCAGAAAACCCAACUGAAUCUGAUCCGUGGAUUAGAAACCACGUGGAUUUCGAUAACUGCUUCGUAAUGGGAAACAGUGCAGGAGCUAACAUUGCCUACUUCGCAGGUCUACGUGCACUCGACAUCGAUCUCUCUCCGAUUAAGAUCCGAGGGCUGAUAUUAAACUCUAUAUUUUUCAGUGGGGUCCAGAGAACGGAAUCUGAACUUCGUUUAAUUAACGAUCGUAUAGUGCCAUUACCUGUUAGUGAUCUCAUGUGGAGCCUGUGUUUACCUGAGGGUGCAGAUCGCGACCACGUGUACUGCAAUCCAACGGUUGCGGAUAGAGUGUAUGGUGAGAAGAUCGGACGGUUGCCGAGGUGUUUUGUUAAUGGAUAUGGUGGAGAUCCGUUGGUGGAUAAGCAAAAGGAGUUGGUGAAGAUUUUGAAGGCACGUGGGGUGCACGUGGUUUCGUGGUUUUGUGAAGAUGGGUAUCAUGCUGUGGAAAUCUUUGAUGGUUCUAAAGCACGGGAUUUGGUUGACAAUGUUAAGAAAUUUGUAGCUACUCGUCAAUCCUCUUUGUGACUCUUUGGGCGAGGAUGUGUGUGACUGUGUUGUGCCUUUUAUUCUUGUAAGAUAAUAUUGAAUAGUUAGUUAUAAAAUUAUGAGCAAUAUUAUAUUAUUUGCAAAUUACAUUGAAAAUAAAAUUUUCCUGAUGAAUUAAGUUA